AGCAAAAUCAAAGUUUAAUUUCCCGGGAAGAGAAGAUGCGUAUUAAGGCUGUAUAGAGUUCCAUAAAUUACGCCAACUCACAAUUUGGCAUCAAAAAAUUUGUAAUGCCAUCUCCAUAGCCAAACUCUUCUUCAAUUCCAUCGCAAAAUCUCCCAAUUCGCAAUGGAUUUCUGGCUGAGAGCUCGGGAAUUCGCGGAGGAGGCGGCCAAGAAAUCGCAGCAGUUCACGCAGGGACUCGGCUCCGCCGGUUUAUCCGGCGUCGUGUCGGAGGCGUCAAAGCGCUCCAAGGAGCUGGCGGCCGGGGCGUCGAAGCUGUCGCAGGAACUCGCCGCAGACGCUCUGAAGCGCGCCGAUGAGAUCAAGGCUCACAUUCCUCCCGCCGCCGUGGUUCUGAACGGUCUCGUCGAUUCCGCUCAGAAGGCCGCCUAUGACCCUGCUGAUCUGGAGAGGUUCGGUGUUACGGAUGAGUUGAGGGAGUUUGUGAGAGGCAUUACGACGAAUACCUUCCGUGAUUUCCCGCUUGAAGAUGAGUCAAAAGUGUCUGAUAUUCCUACUGUCUCAAAUGUUCGGCAAGAUCUCACAGAGUGGCAAGAAAGGCAUGCCAAGCUUGUUCUUUUGACAGUGAAGGAAAUCUCAAAGCUAAGGUAUCAACUUUGUCCACGUGUGAUGAAGGAAUGGAAGUUUUGGAAGAUCUACUUCAUUCUUGUUAACAGUCAUGUGGCAAUAUAUGAGAAACGCUAUAUGGAAGUUGUAAAGCUCAAGGCAGCUGAAAAUGUUACAGAUGCUGAGGUUGAGGGAACUUCAUCAAGUGUAAGAUCUGAAAGAGCAGAUGAGAUUUUAAAACCAAAAAGCAAUACUCAGAAGUCAGCAUCUGCUGACAAGGAUCUGGAUGUAUUUCUUCUUGGAGACCUUGAGGACAGUGAUGAUGGUCCAGAUGAUGGGAAUGAUGGCUCAGAUGAUGAUGGCUUUGAAAAACUAUAACUAGGAGGAUGAUAAAGAAUCUCAGUGGAAAGGGUUGCAUACAAUAAUACUGGUGCUUCUUUGAGAUGGGUAUUAAAGCAAUUCUAAGGAAAGGGUAGAAAUCAUGAUGCUACUCAUAAUUCAACUGCUGCAAAAUUUAUUCAAACUAGUAAAUCCCACAUUCUCUUGUUUCAAUUGAAUACAUUGAGACUGUUCAUAUUUCUAUUUUUGGUGUCAAUCUCUCUACUUAAUAAUCUUUUUCUUUGUGUAAAGGGUUGUUGGAGGGGAACUUGGGAUUUGAUCGUCGUUGAUGUAAUAUGUAAUUCAUAGCCUUCCUUUUCCUAUCAUAUGAAAGAAUUGCUGACAAUCAUUGGUCAAA